AGUUAUGACCACCAAACCCAACAGAAUGGGAAGAAGAGUGGUGUGCUGUGCCCACAACACAGUAUUUACACAAAGGAGUCAACACUGAUAGAGAGAGAGAGAGAGAGAGAGAGAUGUGUUAGGCCACCCAUAAUCUCCGAAUCUUUCAUUGUUGAAGCAUCUGCUUCACUGGAGAGAUGCAGCUUCGAUGCAGCAGCUCCUCUGGUGGACUGAGGGAGUAGGAGGACACUUAGAAGACACAUGUUGGAAGACACACAGAAAAAAAUGGUUUGAUUCUUCUACAGAAGGAUAUAAAUAAACAGAAAAGAAAAGGAAAGGAGAGGUUAGAAUUUGAGCUAGGAGGGAGGUGACUAGUUGUGUAGAAAGCAAGCAAACAGAGAUCAUGGAAGUCACACUGGGUUCACAAAAAGGAGGUCGGUUCUCCUGCUGCCAAAAUUCACGCGCAUUGCCACACCUGCUGGUACGCUUGCAAUGUAAAUGUGGCUAUCAGGGAUAGACAGCUACCGGUGUCUAGACAAGAGCGCCAGUGCACAUUAACUAGGAGGGGAAAGGGUGAGGAAUUGUAGGUGUGUAGAGAUGGCGUUGCGCGAGGGAGGGCAGGGGGAGACCAGCUGCACCUUUCUUUUCAAGAUGCCUGCCAUCUUCUUCACCCUCUCGAGGUGUGUGCCGUCAGGGUCUGCUGACUGCCUGUCCGUCUGCCUGGCACCGCGGCGUCACUCCCGAGACCAUCGCCUCACCUCUGCUGCAGAAACGAGAGAUCACCAUGGACGGGGUGAUGCCAACAUGGAGGAGGAGGAGGAGGAGGAGUUGCAGCGAGAGCCGGAUGAAGGUGAUGGGACCAUCACCCCGGGCUCACCACAUCUCCCCACCCACCCACCCACCCACCCACCCCUCUCACAUCAUCAGAGCCAUGGAGCUGCAGCUUCGCUUUGUGGAGCAACAACGCCAAGAUAUAGAACUCACGUACCCAGACAAACUUCUCUAUGCGGUACCAGUCCCUAGGAACUACUACUAGGAAUCAUUGCCCAUCUUGAUUUUUGCAAUUUCAACGUUGCCUGUCGACAGUUUCCGUGCCAUUGCAUCAGGCGAUGGUUUUUCGCUAGCUUGCCUAUGAUUACCGAUUCAACAGCCGCUGACUUCCGGAGAGGAGCUCAUCGAGCGGAUCAAAUUAGGAGUUGUGACCCUCCGGAAGGUUUCGGGUUUGGUUUCCCGGACUGCAGGAACCGUCGAGCUGCCUUCGGGCGCGGCAUUCCAUUUCUGCCAAUCCGACCUGAAUCUUGACGUUCGAUACGCAUCCACAGAUUGCACUUAAGCAGUAGACGAUCGCGCGCUGCAUCCACUUCUCGGUAGUAGUAGUCGAUACCCCAAGGGUGAUGUUGUAUCCCUCGAUCCAUUGACCGCGUUCCAUUUCCUGCAUUCUUAUUGCUAGAACUGCCGAUUGAGAAUUCAAUAUCUGAGGCAGAGCACCCGUAGAGGACCCGUCCCAUUGGCAUUGUCUUUUGCGGGACAUUCAUCACUGAGUACCCCACCAGAGUUGAUUGAAAUUCACUGCAGCAGUUGCCCAGUCAGGGCGGACAGGCUCAUUUCUGGCUCAAAACCCGGGAUCACGUCGGUCCUGGUUGGAGAUGUGUGCAUCAAGGUGGAGAGGUGCUGCAGGAAGAUUUGGGCACUGCAACUUGAGCCCCGUUAUGGUUGCUUUCUCGAUGAUGAGCUUGGCGGUUUUGAUAGUGUUUCCUGCCACAGUUGUUGCUCGCAUCGGCCCUGGAGUGACUGACCCUUCGGUACCAACGAUCUUUCAUAUAAAGCAAAUGCCGGCACUCUCCUCUCUUGAUGCUGAAAAUAAAUCACGAGGCGUUCAGGAUAUGAGAGACGUACCGCAGCAAGCAGACACCAUUUUUGGCCAUCCCCAGGGGAAAAGAAUCUCUGAUGGAAGCAGCAGCAGCAGCAGCAGGAGGGGAUUAGUAGGAUCGUCUCCCCCGACUUGCCGAUUCAGGUGUGGAACGUGCACGCCCUGCAAGCCAGUGCACGUUGCCAUUGGCAGCCCACACGGAGUGAUCUCCGAGACCGAGUAUUACCCCGAGGUAUGGCGGUGUCAGUGCGGCAACCGGUACUACAUGCCUUAAAGCUUCAUCCCCACAUUCAGUGCGGCAACGCAGCAACACACAUUCGCAGACUGAUCCAACACCGCCUCCUCCUCAUUCUCCUCAUCUUCCAUUGUACCAUACUCUUCUCACGGUUGAGGUCACUCCUUGUGAUCCAGUCCAGCUUGUGGGUGCAUCUCGACAUGAAGAGGGCGAUGAAUAAGAUCCAUCGUCACAGGAUUGGAGAUAUGCAACCAGAGUGCUCCGAUAGUAAACAUACGAUCUCAGGUAGAGUUAGAAAAGCCUGCCUUUUUCUUCUUCUUUUUGUUUCCAUCUUGUGUUGGGUGGUGGUGGUAGUGUUAUUGAAGAAACGAGCUUAGGUUGGGAGCAUACUGAAGAGCAGGUACAUAAUACUAGACAUUCUCUAAGUAAAUUAAAGUAACACUAGACUAAACUAGACUAGACUAGACUAGACUAGCUUGCCCCCCUUUGCUUUGCUUUGUCAGGGGUGUCCAGUUCCUUAUUACAUCUCCAACUUGGUCUUCUUCACUAGCUGCAACUCUUGUAUUUGAAGGCAGAACUAUUACCACAAAUGAGAAAAGGACAGAAAACGGACACUAAUGAGCUCUUUCUCAUGACACACACAUACACACAUAUAUAUAUAUAUAUAUAUAUAUGUUUGUUCACACGGGGUAGUCUCCCUUUCUUUAUUGUUUUUAGAGAGUGGAGAAAGGCCAGAUAUAUAAUAGGACUUUUCACACACUCUGCAUUCUUGUGGCAGUAUGCCAAGGCUUAGGAAAGAGGAAAUCUAUGGAUGAGAAGUAAAAAUAUAUUUAGUUGGAAGCUUGAAUGGUUUCUUACACUCUUGGAGAUGCUCCAUCCCAAGUCUACAGACUCAAAAGUAUGAAGUGUCUUAUUUUACAAUAAUAAAUAUAUAGAUGUGAGAAUUUUAUUCUCUUCUUCAAUAACA